AUGCCAAUGAGAUCAAUUUCAAUCAAAAAAAUCGCUAAGAGAAAAGCAGUUUUUCUGAUCCUUAUCUCCAAUGUCAUCUUCUUCACAAUUCCUCUUUACUUUCUUGUAAUUGGUAUUUGGAAAGUCACGAGUUGCCCCGGAAACGCCUUCCUCCCACCAUGGAUGAUCAUUGUCGCGUUUCUGAUAGUAAUUGAUAGACUGAUAUUCUGGAGACGCAUUGUGAAUGAGACGAAAUUCGAGAAGACUUUUCCGAGACCCAGUAUAAUCGGAAGUAUGGAAAGAAUCAAGACUUGGGAGGAGAAUCGAGUUUGGAGUUCAUCGAGAACUCUAUUGGGAUUCAUGGCAGUUGUAAGAGUUGUCCUGUUUUCAAGCGUGCUCAUUGGAAAACUUUGGAGCUACGAAGUCAUCAAGAAUGAUCAAUGUGACCAUCUUGUCUCCUAUUCCAUCGUUAUUUUCUGCAUCUUCUCUAUCAUUAUUUAUUUGUUCUUCUUCAUCGGAACAAUGUAUAUCCACAUUGCUGAAUGGUUGAGGAGUCUCGAGAAAACAAUGGUUUCUUGUGUGAAUCGAGUGAUGAAACUUGAAGAAUGA